AUGGAGCAGCUGCAGCCCCCCUGUGUCCAGCAGCACACAGAACCUGACCGUACACCACUGGCACCUACGCCUAAAAAAGUUCCUGUCUCCUUCAUUGACUCUCGUCUGGAUUCCGACACCAGCAGUGAGGAAGAAGCCAAGGAUGGAAAUGUUGAGGAGCUCACUGGGAAAGUCAGGCAGGAGGUCCUCACGUACUAUGAUUAG